CUUUCGCUUGCUUCGCUUUUCAAACAAGGCCGCUUUUUUUUCGCGUUUUGUAUGCGAAUAAUAUUUAAAAAUGUCUGCAUCUGCUAAUUUAGCGAAUGUUUAUGCGGAGCUAUUGCGCCGAUGUGGCGAGUCCUACACAAUCACAUAUGGAGCUCCGCCGACUUAUUUGGUGAGCACCGUUGGAUCCGCAGAGGCUGGUAAAAAGGUAGUGCUGGUCUUUAAGGAGGAUCGUAGUGGAGCACUGACCAGGAUACGAACCACGCCCAUUAAAAAAUCUACGAAAACGGAGGGUGCUACGGAUUUGGAUCUCACGGGAAGUCCUUUGAAGGACGACUGUUUGGUAGACGCCAUAGCCGACUUGUCCAUUGACCUUCAGCUGGAGCACUCCAAUCCCUGGAAAUUGGAGGAGGAGUACCAAAAAGGAAUCCCUGUGGAUAAGGCGAGGUCCAUUCUAUGCUCCGAAUUCCUACAGCAGGCUGAAGGUCUCGGUUCCGUGUGGUUCUUAUGCGAUGGCAGCGAUCAAGGACAAACUCAGCUGCUCCAGUAUGAGUUUAACCCUACUCACUUCUCCAGGGGAAUUCUUAACUACGAAGGAGUACUUCCGGCUUACAUGGUUACCUCGCAAUCUUUGGUGCGUCAACAUGGUAAAGCUCCCGAGGAAACUGUGAUCGAAAACUGUUACCAGGUGAAUUCGCACAUGAAGCUGCGUUGUUCAUGGACCUCCAGUGCUGCUCUUCCCCUCCUGGUGAACCUGAAUGACUGCGAGGUGGCUUUAAAUCACACUUUCCGGGUGGGAGAGUGCAGUCCCUUGACCCAGGACUUUAUGAACCAGCUGCGCAUCCUGGUCUACAUACGCGAGGACAUCGUCUCCUACCAUAAGGAUGUCAGACAAGGCGUCUCCAGGGAUCCCAUCUAUCGAUGUGGCAGUGGCGUCGACAUGGACGAGCUGCGAGAGUCUAUUAACCAGACCAUGACGGAUGUCUCUGGCUUUAUAGGGCGCUAUAGCAUUUCCAAUGCUGAGUUAGACAUCGAGGAUGUGGUGCAGAGGGCCAAGGUGCGCCGGCUCACAGAUCUUACUGACAAAUUGUGGGAGCUGCUGAAGUGUUGCCACUCCUACAAGGACCUUAAGAUGGCCUUCAACAUGUUGUUUCAAUGCGCAGCUCGUUGCAACAUAGUAAACACUCCGACCAACAAAAAUCGACUGGCCAAGAUUAUCACCGAGCUGGCUAAUCGUCGACUGGCCAUGCCGUGCUUGAGCGGCGCCGAGCCCUUGGAACUCCUGCUGGAGAUUGGCAUGGAGAAGCUGUACAAGGACUACGAGUUCAUCUACACGGAGAGCAAGAUGUGCAGCACCAAUCUGCUUAGGGAGGACUCGUGUGAAGCAGCAAAUGACGAUAGCUCCCCGCAGAAUCUGCCCCAGCUGCGAAAAUCCCUGCAUAAUGCGGUCAGGGGGGAUCCGACGCCAGGAGCAGGAAUGCGAAAGACUCUGCUGCACCAUCAUGGCGCCGUCAAGGUGGGGAAUGCGAAAUAUUCCGGUGACGAUGAUGAUGCGGGGUUUAAAAACAGUCAUUUCGACGAGCAUGAGAGCACGGAACGGGUUUCCAAGUUAUUUCAGAUCCACUGUACUUUGGAGCACCUGCUGAUGAUGCACAUCCACUUGAACCUAUCCAAUGUUUACAACGAUGUCUGUUCUGAACUGCUGAAGAAGCGCCCUAAAUUAAUAGAAUCAAUUGAUGAUCAGUUGAGCGAUGUGAUGGACAUCCGCCUCUCCGCCCACUAUGUCAGAGACCAUUUGGAUGGCAAAGAUCCCUACUCUCGACACAUAACCAUGCGUUCUUUCAACAAGUUCCGUGAACUGAAGACUGCUUUCUAUUUCAAUUCGGAGAACAUUUAUCCUCCGAACGUGGCUCAGUGUUUCCAGUGCGACGACAAGGAAAUGGUCAAGGAGCGUACUUAUCAUUCUUGGCUAUAUCGGAAGAUUCGAUCACUGAAGUGAAGUAGGCCUGUUAGUAAUAUAAAAUUGUAAAUUUUUCUUUUUCAUAAUCUUUUAAGAACAUUUUAGAGUAGCAUGAAUUUUUAACAGGGGCCUGCAUUAGUAUUUUUAAGGCUUGUAAAUUUGAGCAAGGAUUACUCUUAAAUUGCUUAUCCUUGUCUGCUGAUAAAAUUGUUAUAAACUAUAAAUAAACCUACACAAUGUAAUAUGUUCCCAACUGUA